AUGGGAAACGCUUCAUGUGCUCUUUGCAAAACAAGUUUGGUUUCUUCUUGUAUCAUAAUAUCAACUUCUUCUCAUGCCAAGAGAAGGGGAAAAGUGGUGAAAGUUGUGAAGACUGAUGGGCAGGCCAUGACAUUCACGUCGCCAAUUCUUGUGAAAGAUGUGAUGGAGAGGUUAUCCGGCAGGGGCGACGGUGGAGGCUCCGGUAUCGGGUUAUCGAAAGAAGCUAAUUCGGAGCAUCUUCCGAGUGAUUGCGAGCUAAAGAUAGGGAAAGUUUAUUAUGUGCUUCAGUCUAAGGACGAGGACUACUCAUCAAGUGGAGGAGAAGGUGAAGGUGAUGGUAUUAAGAGGAUUAAGAUUGUGAUCACAAAGCAACAACUCAAAGAGCUUUUAGCGAAGAAAAUAUCGGUUGAUGAUGUGCUUUCUGGGAUGGAGAAGAAGACAUCUUUGUGCAAUACUACGGCUUCUGUUGAUCACCAUCAUCAUUCCGAGGAGAAUUGGAAACCGAAACUCGAAUCGAUCCCGGAAGGUGUUGAAUAA